AUGUAUCCUGAUAGUAUAAGUAGUAGCGAUGAAGAUGAACAGUGGCUGAAGAAUUAUGAGUUAUUUUCUAUUAUACGCAAAAAACUGCCACAAGAACAAAUUAUGAAAGACAUUGGAAACUGUCUAAAGAAUGGUGCAGAAAUAAAUGCUCUAAAUGCACGAGGAAAAACAGUUUUAGAUGUUGCACGUGAUAAAAAUUAUGAGAAUUUAGUUGAAUUUCUUUCUGCACUAGGUGGUAAAACAGCAUUAGAUUUAGCAAAUGGUAGCGAUACUGAUUCAUAUAAAACUCAACAGCAUAGUGAUAUAAAUAGAACUAAGUCACAGCAGCAAAUUUGGCAACCAAUAAAUAUGGAUGCUGCUGACAAUCAGAAAGUAAAUUUACCAUUACCGGUUGCCGCGGCAUAUGGAAAUGUAAAAGAUAUAGCAUCUGUAAUUAAUCUCCAAUUACCUUUAAGAGAAACUACUCUUACAGAAGAACAACUCAAAUUGUUAAAACAAAUUAACGAAGAAGGUAAUACACUACUAUCAAUAGCUGCUAAAAGUGGAAAAAAAGAUAACGUAGAUUUUUUUAUUCGAUGUGGAAUUGAUAUCAAUUGUCAUAAUAAAUUAAAAAAGAGUGCUGUAGAUUUAGCUUGGGAAAAUCACCAUUAUGAUAUUGUACUUGCAUUAUUAAAAGCUGAUUCAGAUUUUCCUAAUCACUUUGAUCUAACUGUGUUAAAUGAAGGCAAUGUUCAGAAGGAACUUGAAGAAUUUGUUGGAAAGAGGAAUUCUUUACAUGAACAAAUUAAAAAAAACCACUUAGAGGAUAUUAAAGUUUAUACGGAUACUAUUAGCGAAUCGAAGCUUUGCCUAAAUAGUGAAGGUCAAUCGGCUAUGUUUACAGCUAUUGAAAAAAAAAGAUUCGAGAUUUUUGCGUUUCUUAAGUCCGCUGGAUUUAUGUUUAAAAAUGAAGAUGAAAAAGACUGCAUAAAUAAACUCUCUCAAGGAGAAAAAGAUACUCUAAAAACAGAAAUGAUUUCUAAAUUUCCUCAAAUUGAUCAAGGACAUAUUCUUUACCUAACAUCAAAAUCAAGAUCAGAGAAACCCGUCGACAAAGAGCUAAUCGAGAAACUUUAUAGGUCUUUGGAUGCUAUUCCUGAAGUUUCAAUAAUUCUAAAAGUGAUACAAUAUAUAGAUUAUCUUGACAUAAUUUUUGAUUUUGAUAAUGAAAACAUUAAGGAUAUUAAUCCCACUGCUUCAGAAGGUACAAAAGGAACUACUGAUUAUAAAGACGGUAGAAUUUACUUAGCAGCUAAGAUAGAAGAAAAUAAACUAUUAGAUUAUACAAAAGACACAAUUAAGGAGAUACACAGUAACACUGAAGAUAGUCCGCCCAUAACACUAGCAAGAGCAUUUACAUAUCCGCAGGAUGAGCAGCAUUCUGAACUAAUUGUAAGGAUUCCACAUAUACUCGCACAAUAUCGUUAUGAAGGAAGAAGAUGGUUGCUGAAUACAAAUAAAGAAAUCAAGUCGCUUUUUGAGUACUACACCAAUGAAGCAAAAGGAGGAAUAGCAUAUCGAUAUAAGGAAAGAUUAUCAGAUGUUUUAAAAAUUUUAAAUACACUUUUAGAAGAAAAAUCAGAUAGAAAAGUCGUAUUCAUAAUACCAGAAAGUAAGAUAGAGGAAUUUCAUGAAAUGAAAAGGGUGUUCACCAACAAAUGUUAUAAAGAGGCAACAGAUCGCAAAUUCACAUUAAAUGACCUAACUGAAGAAUCACAGCAGAAGCUCUUGGAACGAGAAUCGCUUUUUGAGUACUACACCAAUCAAGCAAAAGGAGGAAUAGCAUAUCGAUGUAAGGAAUUCAUUAAAAACAGUUUUUUAAUUAAGCCAAGGAAUAGUGUACAAGUUCUUAAUGAAUAUUUAGGAGAAAUGAACAAUAUAAUAAAAUAUGAGAUACAUUUUGAAAAUCCUAUUGAUCUUGAUAACUUUCUAAGGUCAAACGAACAAGUUUUUCUUCUAAAAACAGAGAACACGUUGUUAAGCAUUUUAAGUAUUUAUGAAAGCUUAACAAUUGAGAAUAGAAAUUAUCCUAUACGAGAUUGUCUUUUUUUAAAAUUUAAUUCUUAUAUGGAGAAGGGAGACAAAAUCAACCACCUAUACUAUUCUGCAGCAGGAAAAAUGCUAUGCAUAAGAUAUCCCUACGAUUCAGAUAAGGAAAGAUUAUCAGAUGUUUUAAAAAUUUUAAAUACACUUUUAGAAGAAAAAUCAGAUAGAAAAGUCGUAUUCAUAAUACCAGAAAGUAAGAUAGAGGAAUUUCAUGAAAUGAAAAGGGUGUUCACCAACAAAUGUUAUAAAGAGGCAACAGAUCGCAAAUUCACAUUAAAUGACCUAACUGAAGAAUCACAGCAGAAGCUCUUGGAACGAGAAGUAACUUUGCAAGGAGAAAAAAUUAGUUUAAAUAAAUUAAUAGAUAAGUCGGAUAAAGAUGCAAAACAAAUAAUUGAUGCAGAAACGGUAGAGAGACUUAUUGUCAAUAAAGUAAUCAAGAUAGGUAGUAGCCCAUUAGGCACAAUUGACUUAGAAGGAGCAUAUUCUGACUUAGUUGACGAAGUCAAUAUGAAAACUUUGGUUGAUAAAUUAUUAUCAGAAGAAUCAAAUGAUAUUUACAUUAUUAGUGGGAUACCUAGCACAGUCAAAGAGAACAAGUUAAUUGAAUACCUAGUAAAAGCAGAUAUAGAUAAUAGCAAAAUACCAAAAGUGAAUGAUCUCAAAAGUCGAAUAGCAAUAUUGAAUCGAUAUAUUGACAGAGCUAUUGACAAUAGAAUACAAAUAGCUGAUGAUCAAUUUAAAAAAGAAGAUUUUAAACAAAUAUGUCAGAAAAAUCGGGAAAGAAAGAUUUAUUGGAUUAAUGUAAAACAUGAAGGUAGUGCAUCUAAAUUCAUGCUAGAACAAAUUUAUAAUCCUGAUUUUUACUUAAAAGGUAACAGAUUUAAUAAUGAAGUAAUUAUUGUGAAAAAUGUAAAAGAACAGUUAGCAAGUCCUACGCUUUCUGAAAUAUUUAUCAUCGGUGGCAAAAGCAAAGAGGAGGCCACAAGAUGGCUUCAAUUUAGUGAUAAUAAAGAACAAAUAGAAUUUGAAAAAAAUUGCAAGAAAUGUAGAAUUAAGUUUCUAACUUCUCAAGAUCAUAUGGAAGCUACUUUUCAAGAACUAGUCGACCAAAAUCACGAACAAACGGUUCAUUUGCAUAAGUUUGAACAAGAUCAGCUUAUUUGGUGCAAAACCCAUGGUUCGUUAAUGAAUUUGAGUAAAUAUAGAUGUAAAGACCAUAGGAAUACUAAACGUUUAUUAGGAGAGGAUGCUUUAAUUACUGAAAUUAAAGGUGAUAAAGUGGUAAUUAUCGCUGGUGAUUCAGGGAUAGGCAAAAGUACUACUUUGGUUAAGUUAUAUGAGUCUAAGUAUGCAUUACAAUCGGGCACAGUAGGGUCGAUAAUUAAGUCGCAUUGGUUGAUUAGGAUCAAUCUAAAAGAUCAUUUACAAGCAAUUAGAGAUAUUGAUUUUAAUAUAUCAACAGAAAUAAUAAAAAAUGUUGCAGAAUUUUUAUCACAAGUUGAUAAAAACAUAAGCGAUGAUUUUGCCAGAAAAUUAUUAGGUAUGGCGCUGGUAAAGGAGAAUUUUCUGAAACCUUUAUUAAUAGCACUCGAUGGAUUUGAUGAAGUGUUGGAUAAAGCGGAUAGAGACAAAAUUAUCUUAUUAUUGAAACGUUUAAAGAACGAAACAAAAGCUAAAUUUUGGAUUACUACUCGUCUCCAUUAUCAGCAGACUUUAGAGAGUGUAGCAUCAACAUUUGCUAUAGAAAUUAACCCAAUUUGUGAUAAAACAACAAGCGAAUUCAUUAAAAAGUAUUUAAAAAAUCGCCUAAGUCUAAUUUUCAGUCGUGAGCAGUUUCAAAGUAUCUUUGGCAGUAGUGAUGAAAUGACAGAAAAUACGAGCAUGCAGGCAUACGCCAAGGCAUUCUUAAGUAAAAUGCGCGAAGUAUUCAAAGGCGAUGUAUCUAAGUUCAUUGGAACACCAUUACAGCUCAAUUUAUUGUUAGAAGGUUCUACAGAACAUUUUAAAGAAUGGGUACGAGAUAAUGGUCAAAUCCCAGAUUUCAGCUAUCUGGGUAAUGACAUUUGGGAUGUAUUUGAUAAUUUUGUUGACAGAAAGUAUAGUAUUUAUUUUAAAAAAACAGACAUUAAGGAACAAAUAAAACGGGAGCAGGAAAAAGACAAUUUGGACGAUUUUCAUAAAGAUCUAGCCAAAUAUUUAAUUCUUAAACCAUUGUUCAAACAAUCCUUAGAAAAAUUUGAAAAAUUUAGAGACAUAGUGCUAUCAGCUGGGAUUGUUAGAUCCGAUGGUAACAAUGUUGAGUUUACGCAUCCAACUUUUACAGAAUACUUUGCUGCUAAAGCAAUCUUAAAUUGGAUAGACGAAUGGAAAAAAGGAAAUGAGUGUCAACGAAUAGACUUAUCGGUGGUUUUACUACAACCGGAUUAUCAAGUUAUUCGAACAUUCUUAAAUAGUAAGCUUUUAAAACAGAAAACAACGAAUAUACGACUAAAAGUAGAAUAUAAUGUUAUAGAAGUUUUAAUUGUAGCAGCCAAGGAAAGUAAUAUAGGAAUCGCCGGUUUUGUGUUAGAUAAUUCAAGUAGCAUCGUUGAUCCUAAAGUCUUGCACGUGGCAGCUGUGUCUGGCAACUUGGACAUGGUUAAAUUUCUGAUUAAUGAGAAAAAGGCCGAUUUUAAUGCUAAAGACAAUAACGGCAGCACGGUUUUGCACAUGGCUGCUGGCUCUGGUAAAUUGGAGAUAGUUAAAUUUCUGGUGGAUGAGAAAAAGGUAAAUUUUCAUGCUGAAGAUUGGAGAGGAAUAACAAUUUUACACACGGCUACUAAACGUGGUAACUUAAAUAUGGUUAAGUUUCUGGUAUUGAAAGGUGCCAAUGUUGAUGCUAAAACCAAGUCUGGCAUGACAGUUUUGCACAUGGCUGCUAAACGUGGUAAUUUAAAGAUAGUUAAGUUUCUGGUAAUUAAAGGCGCCAAUAUUGUUGCUGAAACUAAGUCUGGCGUGACAGUUUUGCAUAUGGCAGUUGAAAGUGGUAAUUUGAAAAUGAUUAAAUUCCUGGUGGAUGAGAAAAAGGCCGAUUUCAAUGCUAAAGACAGUGGUGACAGAACAGUUUUGCAUAUGGCUGCUAAACGUGGUAAUUUAAAGAUGGUUAAGUUUCUGUUAAUUAAAGGCGCCAAUAUUGUUGCUAAAACUAAGUCUGGCAUGACAGUUUUGCACAUGGCUGCUAAAAGUGGUAAUUUGAAUAUGAUUAAAUUCCUGGUGGAUGAGAAAAAGGUCGAUUUCAAUGCUAAAGACAGUGGUGACAGAACAGUUUUGCAUAUGGCUGCUAAACGUGGUAAUUUAAAGAUGGUUAAGUUUCUGUUAAUUAAAGGCGCCAAUAUUGUUGCUAAAACGAAGUCUGGCAUGACAGUUUUGCACAUGGCUGCUAAAAGUGGUAAUUUGAAUAUGAUUAAAUUCCUGGUGGAUUUGGAAAAGGCCGAUUUCAAUGCUAAUCGAGUAGCAGAGCU